AUGUCUAAUCCAACUUCCACUAGAAUUCAUCUACCUGCUAUUAAUGAAAAAAUUGUUUCACCAAUAAAACAAAAUACUACAAGAACCAUGAGACCAUCUCUCUUUUUAAAUUAAAUUGAGACCCUUCCUUAUUCCCUGAAAACAGAGGGAGAAGUAACAGAUGGAAAUACUGGAAAUAAAAUUUAUACCUAAUCUGAAAGUGAUCCACUUAUUGAAAUUCCUUAUCAUUUUAAAUUACCUAAAUUAGUCACAACCAAGCCCAAGAGAUACUAGAGAUCCUUACCUGAAAUUCCAAUUCUUCCUCAAGAAUCAAGAAAUGCUACUCCUGUUGCAUUUGAAAGGUCUCAUAAACGAACCAAACUAUUUUUGAAAAGAUAAGAUUCAAAAAUAUUGUCAUCAGUAUCAAAAUUUGAAAGGAAAAAAGUGGAAUUUAAGAAAUCUUUAAUUGUGAUAAAUAUAGAAACUGGUAAUUAAGAUAAAUAAGAAAUCUCUGAAACUAAAAAACCUCUAAGAAGAAUAGCACAUCAAAAGACUAAAUCAUUUCAAAUACGAAAUGAAUGA